GUAAGUUUUGCCAGACGACGUCCGGAAGCUUCAAUUGCCUAACAAUGCUGAUACGACGGUUCGCGCGGCCGCAGGCCUUGUUUCAAACAAAGGGAGGCCUAUGUGAGAGUUGCGCUCAAGCGGCCCCGUCAUGGGCUGCGAAGAAGCGACUCUUUCAUCCUAGUCCCUCGCGACUUGCCGUAAUGGACAUACCCAAGCUGGAUAACGAGCUUGAUAUGCGUGAAAAUGGGAUCAAAAAUCUCUACACACCCGCAGGAUUCGCGCUUGCAUGGACAGACUACCAGUCAAGAAUGCUGCGCAUACUGAACAGCCAGAUCGCCGAAACCAGAUUGGCAGACAGCACCCCAUUCGCUUUAAUCCAACAGACCGCUCGCGAGCCUACACUCGCCCACAUCUUCAACCAUGCCUCUAUGUUAUGGAACAACCAUUUCUACUUUAGCGGUAUUUCGACCGAAGACGUUGGAAUCGAUGAUUCCACCCAGGGCAAGAUGCCCGAGAGACUGAGAAACGACAUUGAAAUCAACUUUGGUUCCGUCGACAACUUUGCCACCGCCUUCAUCGGCCAUGCACAAGCCAUGUUCGGCCCUGGUUAUGUCUGGCUGGUGCGUAGCCAUGACAAGACGGAAAUAUCGUUCAAGAUUCUCACUACGUACGCGGCUGGCUCUCCGCUGAGCAGUGCCCACUAUCGACAGCAGUCAAUAGAGCCCGGCACGACCUCGUUUGGCGGUGACCCGCGCGCGCCCACUGUGGAGAGCGCGUUAGAUCAGCAGAGCGCCGGACACAUUGGAAAGUAUGCGGGUAAUGGAGCAAGAGAAGGCCUUUACGGACAAUCUCGGCAUGACCCGGUGCUGUGUGUCAGUACUUGGGAGCAUUCGUACAUUGAAGGGUUCUUGCUAGAUAAGGAUGCUUUCCUUUUUAGAUGGUGGCACCGAAUCAACUGGCAAAAGGUCGAUCAGAGGACUAGGGGUGCAUCUAGUAAAUAACGGUAAACCCUAUGUUGGCAGGGUGCGAUCUGUGGAUCUACUCUGUGUAAUAGUAUGUAGCUUCUUGUACAAAAUCAAUAGACGUAAGAUCAAGGC